AGCAUCACAGCUCCGCAUUCAAGGAAACACCAGCACGGCACUUUUUCUAUUUCCACUCUCCACCAUGUUCCAGCGUCCGUGCGCCAAUCGUCUCCGGUGAGAAGCGGCGGAUAGGAGCGUAUGCGGGUCACCGCCAAGGCCGCUUGUCUCUGAGGAGCUCGGGAAUCUCUGGCCGGGCAAAGGAAGGGAGCCCCCCCCCCCCCCCCCCCUCUUCGCCCCCUACCACCACCACCUCCUCCCCAAUUGUUUCCUGCGCCAAGAAGAACUGUAAAGACAUGGUCAUCACCCCGCGGCUGUGAUGAACAGAGAGCAGUGAGAGUGAGGACGUGUCAGACGAUGCUCCUGAUCUGCUGGGCCCAGUGCUGAGGGAGAUCCACAGAGCCAAACUGGUCGGUGCCCACCAUGUCUUACCACCAACACUACCAGCGUGGCCCCCAGGGCCGCACCAUGAGCUCUGAAGAGAGGAGUGCCACGCCGGUCAACAAGUCCUGCACGCCAGUUCACAAGAGCGCCUCCUCUUCUUCUUCUUCCCAGCGCGACAGCCGGCAGGAGGCCGACAGCUGGGAAAUCAUCGAAGGGUUGAAAAUCGGUCAGAGCAACGUCCAGAGGCCAGAUAAGCACGAGGGGUUCAUGUUGAAGAAGCGGAAAUGGCCCCUGAAAGGCUGGCACAAGCGUUUUUUUGUUCUGGACAAUGGUAUCCUGAAGUACUCAAAAUCCCCCAUUGAUAUCCAGAGAGGCAAACUUCAUGGCAGCAUCGAUGUCGGCCUCUCCGUAAUGUCGGUCAAAAAAAGGGCCCGUCGCAUCGACCUGGACACUGAGGAGCAUAUCUAUCACCUGAAGGUCAAAUCUCAAGAAAUCUUUGAUGCCUGGUUUUCCAAGUUGCGUCAUCACAGACUCUACAGACAGAAUGAGAUUGUGCGAUCUCCCCGAGACGCCACCAUUCGAACAUUUCCGCCCCCAGCUGCCAUGGAGUCUCCCCAACCGGCCGCGAGUGUGGUCAAUGAAGCAAAGCAGGCCAAGCCGAGCAGCCUGCCUUGGCAGCCAGUGACCACCAGCAACCACAGCAAUAGCAACCUGCCUGCCUCCUACAGUAACGGCCAGAGCAAGGUGGUUGCUUGGCUGCAGGAAUCAGAGGAGAUGGACAAGUGUGCAGAGGAGCUCGCUCGAUGCCACUCGAACCUGACCGAGCUGAGCCGGUUACUGCAGAGCCUGGAGAUUCUGCAAAGAACUCAGUCAGCCCCCAACUUCACAGAUAUGCAGACCAAUUGUGUAGAAUUGUCAAAGAAAGAAAAGCGCUUGAACAGAAGAUCAAGAACAAAAAGUGUCGGCAAAGACGCAAAAUUCCAGCUUCAGGUCCCUCUGACUACCAGCAUGUCCCCUGUCCGCCUCCACUCAUCCAAUCCCAACCUGUGUGCCGAGCUGGUGGACUUUCAGCCUCCUGUCUCCCGGUUGACAGACAGCGCCGAGUGUGCCAGUGACUACAUUAAACUUCAGGAGGAAUUCUGCACCAUCGCACAGAAAGUCCACUCUCUGUUGAAGUCGGCCUUCAACACUGUGGCCAUAGAGAAAGAGAAGAUCAAACAGAUCCUGUCUGACCAGGAACAGCCGGAUCAGUCGACGCAGAUCAACUCUCUCAGGAAGUCUCUGUCACAGGCCCUGUCCCAAAACGCAGAGCUUCGAACUCGACUCAGCCGCAUCCACUCUGAAUCUGUCCUGGCUGAACAAGUUGUCAGUGUGAACAUCAUCUCCACGGCUGAUGAGGCCGUGGAACAGAUGGGGAUCCCUCUGACUCAGCAGGCCUCUAAUGAGAGCCGACUCUCCAUGUCAGAGUCGGUCUCUGAGUUCUUUGACGCCCAGGAAGUGCUUCUGUCAGCCAGCUCGUCGGAGAAUGAGGGCUCAGACGAUGAGUCAUAUGUCAGCGAUGUGAGCGAUAACAUUUCCGAGGACAACGCCAGUGUGACUGAUAACGUCUCCAGACAAAUGGCCAACGGAGACUUUGCUGGCAGUGCCUUCCGCAAUGGGCGACGCACCUGCCUGCCGGCGCCGUGUCCCGACACCAGCAACAUCAACCUCUGGAACAUCUUGAGAAACAACAUCGGCAAAGAUCUGUCCAAAGUGUCCAUGCCAGUGGAGCUCAACGAGCCCCUCAACACCCUGCAGCGCAUGUGUGAAGAGCUGGAGUACAGCGAGCUGCUGGACAAGGCUGCAGAGACCGAGGACCCCUUCGAACGCAUGGUUAUUGUUGCCGCUUUUGCCAUCUCAGGCUACUCAUCCACUUACUAUAGAGCAGGAAGUAAGCCAUUCAACCCUCUACUCGGAGAGACUUAUGAAUGUAUUCGUGAAGACAAGGGCUUCUGUUUUUUCUCGGAACAGGUGAGCCACCACCCUCCCAUCUCCACCUGUCACUGUGAGUCCAAGAACUUCACCUUAUGGCAAGAUGUGAGAUGGAAAAACAAAUUCUGGGGCAAGUCGAUGGAGAUUUUGCCAAUAGGGAGCGUGAACCUCACCAUUCCCAGGUUUGGCGAUCACUACGAGUGGAACAAAGUCACCACCUGCGUACACAACAUCCUUAGCGGACGACGGUGGAUCGAACACUACGGAGAGAUCACCAUCAGAAACACAAAGAGCAGCGCCUGCCUCUGCAAACUCACAUUUGUCAAGGGAAACUACUGGAGUUCUACUGUGAAUGAGGUUCAAGGAUUUGUGAUGGAUCAGGAAGGGAAAGUGAUUCACAGGCUUUUUGGGAAAUGGCACGAGGGCCUUUACUGCGGCGUCCCACCGUCUGCCAAAUGCGUCUGGAGGCCAGGCUCCAUGCCCACCGACUAUGAGCUGUACUACGGCUUCACCAGGUUCGCUAUUGAACUGAAUGAGCUUUGCCCCGAGUUGAAGGAUGUUUUGCCGCGUACUGAUGCCAGAUUCAGGCCCGAUCAAAGGCAUCUUGAAGAAGGGAACUUGGAGAUGGCGUCCUCAGAGAAGCAGCGUAUAGAGGACAUGCAGAGAGCCCGGAGGAAGUGGAGCGAUGAGAACGACAUGAAACAGGAGCCGCGCUUCUUCAAGAAAGUGGUUGAUGCCAAUCACAGGGAGCGGUGGGUCUCCAACAACAUGUACUGGGAGCUGCGCAAAAACCCCGGCUUCAUCAACAUGGAAUCCACAGUGAGCCUGUGGUAGCAAACGGAUAAAAUGGUCCGUCGUAUCAUCAUCACACACAGGAAGGCUGUUACCUAUGCACAAUAAGGUGUGAAGAGCAACGUGUGAAGGAUGAAACAUCAGUGUGCAUGGAGAGGAGCGGCCGCAGAGCUGACUGAUGGCCUGCUGUCCAGCGGUCCCUGUCGGGGUUCUGUGGCGCCGCCCCACGCUCAUCCUUCCAGUAGGAUCACCUCCAUCGUGCUUCUCCGAACUGGGUUGUCAGGGCAACAAUCGUAACACUCCUAUGUAGAUCUUUUCCUCGGCUCCUUCGUUGUCUGAGUGUGUCCUUGCCUUAAAACGACACGUCACACGAUCUUGCGCGUUUUAGUUGAAGCCAUUGGAUUUCCGACAGCCGUUUGGGUUAGACUAGUCUCUGAGGUAGACGUUUUGAUUACCUACAAUACUGUGCAUGUUUAGAGAGCAGCUUUCACUGGCAUAACGCCGCAUUUACUGUAUCAUCAAUUAUUGUAGAGAAAAAAAAGAGGUAUUUUUAUAAAAUAUCUUGGACUGAAUUUAGUGAAAAAGGACUAUGUGAAUUGGCAGAUUUGAUUUAUUCUUGCCUUUUAAUACUGUUGAAUCUGUGCGAUAGCGGUACUGUCUCUCGGGAAGCAGCUCAUUUACUUUCUUAAACCCCCCCCCCUCCCUCCAACUGGGCCGUGCCUCGCUUCAGUCAUCCCUCCUUGCCCUCCCCUGUCCCACGGUCUAAUUUUAAAAAAAAACACAGUCACAUGAGACCAUCGUAUGGUUACAUAAUUACAUCCAUACAUCACACUCCCUCCACAGUCUGUGUGUCUUCUGAACGUGGUGCAGAUAAUGUUUCAGUGAAAUAACAUAAGACGCUCUUGGAUGUUCGAUCGUCUCAGUAUCAAGGACGUAAGAAAGGAUGGGGAUGUAGCCUGUACAGAUUCUAAUCCAUCUGAGACACUGAGAAACAUUCAAAUGAAACAUGACUACAUUUUAUAGUGGAGCUAGAAAGACACUCAGUAGAAUGCAUAGAGCACAUCCACCAACUGUCCCCCUUAUAAAUAAACACUUUUAAAUUCACUAGAUCCAGAUUUAUGUCUGAUUUGACCGUAUAAUCUUCAAAAAAUUAAAUAAGAAUUAUUGAUCCCUGAAUGUAAAGGAAUCUGCCAUGACUUAUACUGCAUCCUCCCAUUAGGGUUUAAGUCGAAAUCUGUUGAGUAUUUUGUGUAACCCUUCAAACUAACAGCCAAACAAACGAAAGCAGGCGUUAACACAACCUCCCUGACAGUAAUCAGGAGGGCGACUGGAGAGGGCAUUCCUCUGCCAAGGCUAAUGCCCUCUAUCUGUAUAUAAAUACAUAUCUCGGUAAUGUUAUUUGUAUUUGCGUUAUCCUACCACGGAAUAAACAGUCAAACAAUGCAGAUGAAAUCAUGAUAAAUAUAUAGAAAAAAUAAAGAAUUUAAAAUUAUUUAUUUAUGACAAAAAAAAAGUCCUAAAAGUGGAAAAUUAAAGCAUGUACAUUAUUCCUUGAAGAAUUAACAAACACGUUGAAAAAUGCUGUGUUGUAAUGUUGAAGAGAAAACUGAAUCGUUGGAAAGUAGCAAAUCCGACCAGCAAAUAUUAUGUUUGCAAAAUUGCCUACAUAAUUAUUUAGUUAUCAAAACAAUGAUUGUUAUUGAUUAUUUUAUAGCCUACAGCAUACAGCGAUGACACACCAGAGACACCUAGAGGCCAUCGUAUGAAAAUGCAGCUUCAGGAAACUAGGAUAUUUAAACAAACACUCUGUACAGUAUUAAUGAAAAUACUGUACAAGCUUUACAGCUUUUAACUUAAUGUGUCUGAUUCCCCAGAGACUUGACUGCUAUGAUGAUUCCGCAAAGCACCAGUUUCUUAUUUCUGUAUUUAUUGCAAAACCGAUUAGCUUUAACACUUUAGUGUUAUAGAGUAAGAAAAUAUAACGCAGGGUUUCAGAUUGAAAUCAAGCCCAACACCCGCGAGCGGCCCCACGUGUCCGGGGGCACGCGACCUCGCUCGGGACGGCGUGAAUAUAUAAAUAUGUAGAGUGAAAACUAUGUGAAGCAACUCCAUCCUGUGUGCACUGUUCACAUGGUACUGUAGAUUACAAAACCAAAAACAUGUUACUGCUUUGCAUCCAUAGACUCCUUUCUUUACGUAUGGAUAUGUGCUUUUAAUUUGAUCCCAGGUCACAAACUCCAAUGCUACGACUCGUCAGUUUCACUCGCUGUGCCUUAACGCAUUUUAUUAAUGCCUCACAAACACACUGCUGAUGAGAAGCCCCCCCCCCACCCACACACACACACAUACACGUACACACGGCAAGAAGAAGGUAUGCCAUUAACAAAUCCGACUCAGCACAUUCUCCAGUCUCCACCUGCCUGCACAUGAUCGAGUAUAUCAAGCUGUUGAAUCUUUUGGGAGAGGUCAUUGAUGUUGUAGGUGGGGAAAAAAGGUUUAAUGUGCCGUGUUCACAGAUUGUGUCCCACUGCUCCGCUACUCCAACAUGUAAUCAGUACGGUUUUGGACGAUCACUGUAAAUACAGCCCAUUUUGAAGGAAGAGGGGGGAUUCCUCCUACAUCAACUGAAUUAUUUUUAAUGAGCAGUUGUGAGUGGAGGAGAAGGGCGGUGAUUAGUAGUGUUUGGAAUCUUAGUGUCAGACUGUAGUGAAACAAAACAAAAAAGAAAUCAUGAAAUCCCUCCAUGCUUUCUUUGUCCAUUAUUCAACCUGCAUGUCAACACAACUUAGCCUGCCAAUGAAUGUUGCAGAUGCCUUAGAAAAAAUAGGUUUUUAUUUUUCAAUUGGGGUUUUGUCUCGGACUGACAUGUAUCAAAACAUUUUUUCAAUCCUUUAAAUCCUAAUGGGUACCUUCUAAAGUGCAAUUUUAACAAAGUACAUAUCUUUCCAUGAACACCGUACACUGCUGCUACAUAGUGCUUGUUCUAAUAAAAGUGUAAAACAAUUGACAAACACGUGGUUUGUAAGUAAAAGAUAUGCUCAUAAAAGUUCAUGUUCAAUAAGGAAGACUUUCUCUAUGUGCCGUUCAUUCACUUUUCUCUCUCCCUCCUUCACAGCCUCUUUCAAUCCGCUGCGAUCAGUAAUCCAAUCAGAUUUUGCCAUGAGCUCGCUCAGCCAAUCAUGUUGUUGCUGUUAAACUUUAAAUCUGUUGUCCUAUUUGUCAUCGUCAGCUGAUAUUCUGUGAAAAAUCACACAAAACAGUGUAAAGCAACAAAUAUUCCAGAUUUGAAGCAAAACUACGAUUGUUGCUUUAAGAUUUUUAUGAUUGAUCAGUUUCUGUUUCUUUGUCACUGCAUCAACUAAUUUUUAUUCUAAUUGUAAAAACUCAA